AUGGCUAAGAACAGAGUCGCUCCACUAAAGACUUUGACCUUACCUCAGUUGGAGCUCAUAGCUGCUUUGAUUGGUGCUCGGUUAGCCUCACAUCUACAGAAGAGUUUACAGACACCAAAUGUAACGUUUUGGUCAGAUAGUCAGAUAGUGUUACAUUGGCUGACAACAUCAAAACCUCUCAAACGCUUUGUGAGAAAUCGUGUCGAUGAAAUCAACCAACUUACAGGAAAAUCACUAUGGAGAUAUUGCCCUACGAACGAUAAUCCAGCCGACUUACUUACACGUGGUAUAUCUGCAGACAUUUUCCUCGAUAACCAGUUAUGGAACACCGGUCCGUCAUGGUUGACAAACAGAGUACAGUGGCCUACCUGGGAAUACGAACACGUGACACCGCAGACGACAACUGAAGAGAAUGCUGGUAACUCAGAAGAGAUCAACAUGUCAAGUUUACAGUGCUCAGACACACUCGGAAUCCAUAAUGUAAUUGACAUUACACAUUACAGUUCUUACACCAAGCUACUUCGCGUCACAGCUAACGUUAUGAGAUUCAUCCACAAUUGCAGACAAAAUACAAACAGACAAACCGGAAGUUUGUCGGCGAGUGCACUUCAUGAUGCUGAAAUUCCAUGGUUGAGAUCCUGUCAUGCGACCUCGUUUAAAGAAGAAAUUGAAAAUCUGAAGGUUAUUGGCAAGCCGUAUCGAGCACCAGACCCACCGCUACUCCCGAAGAUCCGAGUAGAAGAAGCCCCACCGUUCAGUGUUACAGGUGUGGAUUUUACUGGUGUGCUUUACGUCAGGAACGAAACCGGAAGUGAGUCCAAAUGUUACAUCUGCUUAUUCACAUGCGCAAUUACAAGGGCCGUUCACUUGGAAGUAGUUCCAGAUUUGUCGACGGAUUCAUUCUUACAAGCAUUCAGGAGGUUUAGCAGCAGAAAAUCCUUGCCAAAACUCAUGAUCUCGGACAACGCCACAACUUACCUGUCAGCAGCCAGUCAACUUAAGGAACUUUUCCAGUCAACUUCUCUACAAGAAGCGCUCAGCAUGAAGGGAACAGAGUGGAAAUUUAUACCAAAGCGGGCCCCGUGGUAUGGCGGAUUUUGGGAACGGUUAAUAGGUCUUACCAAGACGACUUUGAAGAAGAUUCUCGGAAGAGCUUUUGUAACCAUGGAAACUUUACGUACCAUUGUGACUGAAAUCGAGGCAAUUUUAAAUGACAGACCUAUCACGUACACUUCCUCAAACAUAGAAGACAUGGAACCAUUAACACCGGCACAUCUUCUUUACGGCCGUAGGAUGACGUCACUUCCGUAUUACGACAUUGAAACGGAAACCGGCAUGGCGUCUAUUCAGAGUGACCAGUCUAUACUUACCCGGAGAGCGAAGAUCCAGGCGAAUAUAAUCAACCAUUUUUGGAAACGCUGGAGGACUGAGUAUUUGACCUCUUUACGAGAAUACCACAAAACUACAGGAUCAAACGAACGAUCUAUACGGGCCGGAGAUGUGGUCCAAGUUCACGAUGAAGGACCAAGGCUGCGCUGGAAACUUGCAGGAAAUGAUGGUUUAGUUCGUGCCGCGAAAAUAAAGACUGUAAAUGGGCUAACGACGAGACCAGUGGUGAAACUGUAUCCGUUAGAGACUGUUACCAGUGAAAAGUGA